AUGCCCACCAUGCGAUGGACAUCCGAGCCUAGGACCUUUCCAACUUCUGGCUGUAAACUGAUCGACGCAUCCACCAAGAUCGAAGAAGAAACUUUACCAAGCCAUAUCCCAGAGUCAUGCUACCUAGUGGAACAAGGGGAGAUCAUGAACGACAGAUAUCAAGUGAUCUCUAAGAUCAGCUACGGUGGUUCCUCGACCGUCUGGCUGGCUCGCGAUCUCUUGACUCACGUCGUCCUUAAAGUCUAUAGACUGGAGAUCGGUGUCUACAAUCGCAUACAAUCCAUAGAGACCGACCACCCUGGCCAAACGGACAUCCGCAAACUCCUCGAUCAUUUCUGCCUUCACGGUCCCAGCGGUCGUCACGCAUCCCAUCUGAUCCAUACUGAUCUUCAGAUGGAAAACCUACUUCUGCCGGCGGCUUCUCCGGCCAGAAUGUCUAAGUACGAGGAAAAUGUGAUCAAAUGCCCGUUGCCACGGAAACACAAUUGCGGGACGAUCAUGCCGGACUUCCACCGUGCCCCUGAGGUUAUCCUGGGCUUUCCGAGCUGGGACUACAAAGUUGACAGCUGGGGGGCUGGGAUGUUGGCUUGGGACACUAUCAGUACUCGCCCAUUGAUCACGAAUCACAGGAAGGACGGUCAUUGGGACGAUGGCGCCCACAUCGCGGAGUUGGUCGCUCUUCUCGGGCACCCCCCUCGCGAGUCCACCCGUCAGGGAACCUAUAGUCAUCUUCUCUGGGAUGCCAACGGGAACUGGACAGACCUGGUCCCUAUCACGGACCGAAGUCUCGAACAAGCCGCGGCCUAAUAUCGAUUGCGAGGACCUGAAGGGCUUCCUGCGGUGGCUGCAUCGAGCACUGCAGUGGGAUCCCAAAGUCCGUCCGACGAUCUUGGAUCUGUUCAUGGACCCAUGGCUGAUGAGAGGGAUGAAAGUGCGGAGAGACGCUCCGGCUUUGAAGGAAUAUCAUCCAGAUAUCGUCGGGGUGGUUGAGAUCAUCGACUGAUUCGGUGGUCGAAACCAAUCCCUUGGACUUUGGGGGAAGUCGAUUCAUCGAUCCUGCGCACUUCGUGCUUAGUGUUUCUGUUCUUGUUGCCGACUGUGUUUAUGCUUCUGAGGGAAAUCUGGAAAUUUUAUACUUCGUCAAUUAUCUUAUGCAGCAUCAACUCAGAAUGAAGAUCUAGUUCGAG